AUGGAGAGCACUUUCUGUUGUUCUUACGUGGACCACGGAGGUGAGAACAGGACCAAACCAGGACCCAGGAAAUACGGCUGUCAGCUCACACUGGAUCCAAACACAGCGCACAGAAACCUGUCUCUGUCUGAGGGGAACAGGAAGGUGACACACAAACCGGGGAGAGAGGAGCCAUAUCCUGAUCAUCCAGAGAGAUUUGAGAUUGUGCGCCAGGUUGUGUGCAGAGAGAGUGUGUGUGAGCGCUGUUACUGGGAGGCUGAGUUCAGAGAGGAGGGAGACAUUUCUAUAGCCCUGACAUAUAAAGGAAUCAGCAGGAAAGGAAAGGGUCCUGACUGUGGGUUUGGAUGGAAUAAACACUCCUGGAGUCUGUUGUGCACUAAUCACAGUUACUCUGAGAAACACAGAUACUCUGUCUGGCACAAUAAGAACCAAACAGACAUACCUGCUCCCCCCUCCCCCUACCGCAGAGCAGGAGUGUGUGUGUACAGGGUAGGAGUGUGUGUGGACCGUCCAGCCGGCAUUCUGUCCUUCUACAGUGUCUCUGACUCUGACACACUGACCCUCCUGCACAGACUCCAUACACGCUUCACUCAACACACACCCCUCUGUGCUGGAUUUAGAGUGUGUGACUCCUCAGUGACCCUCUGCUCACUAGAGUAGAGACAUACACUCCAUUACACACACAGACACACCUACGCACACACACAUACCCACAUACUUACACACAAAUGCACUCUCAUUCUCAAACCCAUGCACAUACUCUCUCUCACACAACCACGCAUACACACACUCACACACACACAUACGCUAUAUUACCAAAUGUAUCUGGUCACCCCUCGGUCUGGGGCUGUUUUUCAUAGUUUGGGCUAGGCCCCUCAUUUCCAGUGAAGCUAAAUCUUAAUGCUACAGCAUACAAUCACAAUCUAGACGAUUCUGUUCUUCCCCAACAUUUUUGGGAAGGCCCUUUCCCAUUUCAGCAUGCCAGUGCCCCCGGGCACACAGUGAGGUCCAUAUUGAAAUGGUUUUGUCGAGAAUAGUGUGGAAGAACUUGACUGGCCUGCACAAAGCGCUGAGCUCAACCCCAUCCAACACCUUUGGGAUCAGUUGGAAAGCCAUCUGCGAGGCAGGCCUAAUCGCCCAAUCAGCAACCUCAGUAAUGCUCUUCUGGCUGAAUGGAAGCAAAUCCAUGCAGCAAUGCUCCAACAUCUAGUAUGAAGCCUUCCCAGAAGAGUGGAGGUUGUUAUAGCAACUGAGCAUGCUCCAAUUCCAUAUUAAUGCCCAUAAUUUUGGAUGAGAUGUUGGAUGUCAGGUGUCCACAUACUUUUGCCCAUGUAAUGUAUGUGUUGGAAUACUGUAAACACAAAGUGGAUGCAUUCUGCCAUCUGGUGGCCUUAUGACGCUAUUGAAAAAGACUGAACUCCAGAGGUUCAAGCUGGACGUUGAACUGAUGAAGCGAAUAACAGUGCACUGUUACAUAUCCUGUCUGGUGUGUAGGUGUUCAUUAGCCAUUAAAAACAUUCAUUUACACUACCGGUCAAAAGUUUUAGAACACCUCAAUUUUUCCAGGUUUUAUUGAAAUUUAUGCAGUUGUCUCAAUGUACUCUGAAAUCAAAGCAUAGAACAAAUAAACAAUGGAGAUAAAAAGAGAAAUUGUGGAAUUGUUCUGUUUAACACUAUUUAUUUUAAUUAUUUUGACAGCUGAGUACACUUGUGGCAUUCGUUCUACAAUGAAAAUCAAAUAUUGUUCGGAAAGAUCUACCCAACAUUGUUGCAGAAGUUCCCACAAAUGUGUUGCACUUGUAGGUUGCUUUGCUUUCACCCUUCUGUCCAGUUCAACCCAAACCAGCUCGAUGGGGUUUAAGUGCAGAGACUGUGCUGGUCAUUUCAUGAUUUGAAGCCUACCGUCUUGUUCUUUUCUUCUAAGAUAGUUAUGACAUAGCCUGGAGGUAUGUUCUGGGUCAUUAUCUUGCUGUAGGAUGAACCCUUGACCAACUAGGCAUUGACCAGAGGGUAAUGCACAGUGCUGCAAAAUGCAGUGGUAGCCCUUUUGGUUCAGGGUGGCAGUCAUUCUGUGGAAGUCGCCAAAUCUGGAUCCAGCAAAAGAGCCCCAGAGAUCACGCUUCCUCCUGCAUGUUUGACAGUUGGUGUCACACACUGGGGAACCAUCCUUUCACCUACUUGACGGCGUAUAAAAACCCUGCGUGAUGAACCGAAGAUUUCAAAUUUUGAUUCAUCGGUCCGUAAGACCUUCUACCAGUCUUCUGUAGUCCACUGCCAGUGCUUCAUGGCCCAGGCAAGCCUCUUUUUCUUAUUUAGUCAUUUUAGCAAUGACUUUUGUACUGCCACUCAACCUGUCAAACCUACAGUUUGAAGUCUUCUCUUCUUGUUGAAACUGAGACUUGCUUACUUUGACCACUGUGUUAAGCUGUUGUCCUGUGAGCCGCCUAUCACGCAAGCUGUUGACUCUCAGAAACUUGUCUGCUGAUUUUGUUGUGGCUUUGGUUCUGCCGGACCUCUUCCUGUCAGAGUUUCCUCCAGUUUCCAAGUGCCUUUCGAUGGUGUAGGAAACUGUACUCACUGACACCGUGGCUUUCUUAGCAAUUUCUCAAAAGGAAAGACCUACACUUUUAAGGGUUAUAACGGUCUGUCUGUCUUCCUUUGUUAAUUGCCUUUUUCUCGCCAUUAUGAUAGCAAUAUACUACUUCCUGCAGUGCAAUAUUGUCCAAAUAAUGCUUCAGAGGGUGUAGUAAUACAGUCUGUUCGUUUGUGAGUAAUCAACAAAAGUUAGGACACCUGUAGGAAUUAUUUGCAUCAACUUUCAAGGUUUAAUUUACUUCCAUUGCUGCAGAAAAGCUGUAAGUUGUUAGCCGAUUAAUUGUUCCCUGAAAAAGGCCUUUUUUAUAACUCUGAAAUUUACAUUGUUUUUGAAUUUUUGGUAACCUAAACUUUUUUUUUUAACCUCUGGCAGUUUACCACGUACCUUUGCACCAUUUCAGGUCAUUCACUGGAAUUGAACUGCUUAAAUUUCAAUAAAACUGGAAAAAUGGGGGAGUUCUAAAACUUUUGACCGGUAGUGUAAAUGAUAUGUUCUUCCAUACUUUGAUGUGACAUCUAAAAGGUUGAAUGACCACAAUGAGUUCAGAUGGUAAGAUGAAAAA